AUGCCAGCCAAUGAGGACUCCCCACCAUGGUCCCCUGCUGAGGCUGCAGCAGGUCACCAAGAGGUGAGGACGGAACAGAUCCAGGGACAGGAAAGCAUUCAGCAAGGGAGGAUUGUGUUGUUACAGGUAUCAGUGUCAUUCCAGGAUGUGACUGUGGACUUCAGCAGGGAGGAGUGGCAGCACUUGGACCCUGCUCAGAGGCGGCUGUACCGGGAUGUGACACUGGAGAACUACAGUCACCUGCUCUCAGUGGGGUACCAAGUUCCCAAACCAGAUGCCAUCUUCAAGUUGGAGCAAGGAGAGGGGCCGUGGACUUUGGAGACGGAAGCUCCACAUCAGAGCUGUUCAGGUGAGUGAAAUGUUGUUAAAAUUCAACAACAGAGAUUUUCUAGAGACGUUUCAUUCCACCAUGAGAAACUUGAUCCACCAAUAAGAGAAGAUGUGUUGUGCUCCAUUUUAGAAGGACUGUGGCAAGAUAAUGACCAACUGGAACACUAUCAGGAAAACCAAAAGAACCCUUUAAGUAUUGUAAAAAUAUUGAUCAAGGAGAAGGGAUAUGAAUUUGAAAAACUAAUUCAUGUGACUACCAAGCUUGUUCCUUCAAUUAAAAAACUCCAUAACGGUGACACAAUUGGAAAGAAUUUGAAGCACUCUUUAAACUUACAUAAUCAUAAUGAAAGCAAUGCAACAAAUAACUUUGGUAAGGUUUUCGGAAAUGGCAACAGUUUCACCCAUAGCUUUUCCUCCAUUAAGAAUGAGACUACGAAUACAGUAGCAAAAGCUAUUGAACACAAUCAAUGUGAAAACCAUCUGGGCCACAAGCAAGCUCUCAUCCACCACGAGAACACCCAGACUGGGGAGAAACUUUAUGUAUGCACCGAAUGUGUAAAGGGCUUCACCCACAAGUCACAUCUCUUUGGACAUCAGAGAGUCCACGCUGGGGAAAAAUCCCACGAAUGCAACCAAAGCGAGAAAGUCCUCACUCAGAAGCCACAACUUGAUGGAGCUCAGCGAAUUUACCCAGGAGCAAAACCUCACCUAUGUACUCAGUGUGGGAAGGCUUUUACCCUCAAGUCAAAUCUCAUUACACAUCAGAAAAUUCAUACUGGGCAGAAACCCUAUAAAUGCAGUGAAUGUGGAAAAGCCUUUUUCCGGAAAUCAAAUCUCUUUAGACAUCUGAGAAGCCAUACGGGAGAAAAACCCUAUGAAUGCAAUGAAUGUGGAAAGGGCUUCUCCCAGCAUUCAGACCUCAGUAUACAUCAGAAAAUCCACACUGGAGAGAAACACUAUGAAUGCAGUGACUGUGGGAAAGCAUUCAGAAUAAAACCAGCACUGAGGAUGCAUCACAGAAUCCACACGGGAGAGAAACCUUAUGUGUGCACUGAGUGUGGGAAGGCCUUCAUCCAGAAAUCACACUUCAAUACCCAUCAGAGGAUUCACACUGGAGAAAAACCUUAUGAAUGCAGCGACUGUAGGAAAUCAUUCACCAAGAAGUCACAACUCCAUGUGCAUCAAAGAAUCCACACGGGAGAGAAACCCUAUAUAUGUACAGCGUGUGGAAAGGUCUUCAAUCACAGGACAAAUCUCACAACACAUCAGAAGACUCAUCCCGGAGAGAAACCCUAUGUGUGUGCUGAAUGUGGAAAGGCUUUUACUGAUCAGUCAAAUCUCAUUAAACACCAGAAAACUCACACUGGAGAGAAGCCUUAUAAAUGCAAUGGUUGUGGAAAGGCCUUCAUAUGGAAGUCACGCCUCAAAAUACAUCAGAAAUCUCAUAUUGGAGAGAGACACUUUGAAUGCAAGGAAUGUGGGAAAGCCUUUAUCCAGAAAUCCACACUAAGUGUGCAUCAGAGAAUCCAUACAGGAGAGAAACCCUACGUCUGUCCCGAAUGCGGGAAGGCCUUCAUCCAGAAGUCACACUUCAUUGCACAUCAUAGAAUUCAUACUGGAGAGAAGCCUUAUGAAUGCAGUGACUGUGGGAAGCGUUUCACUAAGAAGUCACAACUCCGUGUGCAUCAGAAGAUUCACACUGGGGAAAAACCCAAUCUAUGUGCUGAGUGUGGAAAGGCGUUCACUGACCGCUCAAAUCUCAUAACACACCAGAAAAUCCAUACUAGGGAGAAACCCUACAAAUGCAGUGACUGUGGGAAAACGUUCACCUGGAAGUCAUGCCUCAAUAUACAUCAGAAAUCUCAUACUGGAGAGAGACACUACAAAUGCAACAAGUGUGGGGAAGCUUUCAUCCAGAAAGCAACACUAAGUAUGCAUCAGAUAAUUCAUACAGGAAAGGAACCUUAUGCUUGCACAGAAUGUCAGAAAGCUUUCACUGACAGGUCAAAUCUCAUUAAACACCAGAAAACACACAGUGGAGAAAAACACUAUACAGACAGUGACUGAAAAAGCUUUUGCCUGGAAAUCACCAUUGGGUCUACAUUGGCUGUUUCAUGAUUAGGAAGAGGAAUGCCUUGUGCCACAAUCAUUGUGCAGGGGGGGAGUGGAGAUAGACUGUAGCUUGAGUGAACAGAAGGCAAACAAAGCCCAGUGUAUCUUUGGUUGUCUGGAGUAAGGAGUGCCUGCAUCAUCACAGUUGAUGUGCAGUUAUAUG